CCGCAGCCUGUGAGCGCCCCGGGAGCUGGAGAGACGGCUGCUGCACCUCCAGCCUCCUCGGGACACACGCGGUCACCGGGGCUGCGGGACCCAGGGCCGCGCCGCCCGGAGGCCGCCCCUGAGCGGGCCUCGCAGCCCAGCCGUCCAGCGCCCCCUGGCCUGCUCCCGCCGCCAGCCCGCCAACUCAUCCGGGAGCCCGGGGCAUGAACGGCUACGGCUCCCCCUACCUGUACAUGGGCGGCCCGGUGUCGCAGCCGCCGCGGGCGCCCCUGCAGCGCACGCCCAAGUGCGCGCGCUGCCGCAACCACGGCGUGCUGUCCUGGCUCAAGGGCCACAAGCGUUACUGCCGUUUCAAGGACUGCACCUGCGAGAAGUGCAUCCUCAUAAUCGAGCGGCAGCGGGUCAUGGCGGCGCAGGUGGCGCUGCGCCGGCAGCAGGCCAACGAGAGCCUGGAGAGCCUCAUCCCCGACUCGCUGCGCGCUCUGCCCGGGCCCCCGCCGCCCGGGGACGCCACCGCCGCCCCGCAGCCGCCGCCGACCUCGCAGCAGUCUCAGCCGCCGCCGCCGCCACCGCGUCCUGCUGCGGAGUUGGCCGCGGCCGCCGCGCUGCGUUGGGCCACCGAGCCGCAGCCCGGGACACUGCAGACGCAGCUCGCCAAGCCAGACUUGACUGAAGAACGACUUGGGGACAGCAGCUCAGGAGACAAUACAGAGGCCUUCAGUGACAAGGACACUGACCAGAGGAGCUCCCCAGAUGUGGUCAAGAGUAAGAGCUGCUUCACCCCUGAGAGCCCCGAGAUAGUGUCCGUGGACGAAGGGGGCUAUGCGGUCCAGAAAAACGGAGGCAACCCCGAGAGCCACCCCGACAGCCCCAAAUACCACGCAGAGCAGAAUCACCUCCUGAUCGAGGGCCCAUCGGGGACUGUUUCUCUGCCCUUCAGCUUGAAAGCCAACAGACCACCGCUGGAAGUGUUAAAAAAAAUAUUCCCCAACCAGAAGCCAACGGUGCUGGAGCUCAUCCUCAAGGGCUGCGGCGGGGACCUGGUGAGUGCCGUGGAGGUCCUUCUGUCCAGCCGGUCUUCGGUCCCUGGAGCAGAGCGAACUGCAGCAGAACCCGAGAGUCUCGUCCUGCCCUCCAAUGGGCACAUCUUCGAACACACCUUGAGCUCCUACCCCAUCUCCUCUUCCAAAUGGUCCGUGGGGUCGGCCUUUCGGGUCCCAGACACGUUGAGGUUUUCUGCUGACUCUAGUAAUGUCGUCCCCAACCCCCUGGCCGUGCCUCUGCAGCACCCUUUCCCGCAGCCACCCCGGUACCCGCUGAUGCUGAGGAAUACUUUGGCGAGAAACCAGUCGAGCCCCUUUUUGCCCAACGACGUCACCCUGUGGAACACCAUGACGCUGCAGCAGCAGUAUCAGCUGAGGUCCCAGUAUGUCAGUCCUUUCCCCAGUAACUCUACCAGCGUCUUCAGGAGCUCGCCUGUCCUCCCCGCCCGGGCCACAGAAGACCCUCGGAUCUCCAUCCCUGACGAUGGGUGUCCUAUUGUGUCCAAGCAGUCCAUUUACACUGAGGACGACUUUGACGAGAGGUCUGACUCCUCGGACUCUAGAAUACUCAACACAUCGUCUUAAAGUGGUACCAGAUGGGUGGUGGCCAGGUGACAAUUUCUGUGCAUUUGGACGCUGGGGUGCCCGAGGAGAGGCCACAUCUCGUGUAUACCUUUUUCCUUCUGUUUGACAAAGUGACUGAGCUUGAUUCUAUACAUUAGCAAUAAAAACAUAACUUAUUUAACUUCUUGCACUUCACUGGAAAAUGCCAAAUAGCUCUGCUCUGUGGCUUUAGUGCUGAAUGUUUAUUGUAAAAGAGAGUCUAAUGCUAAGAAUAGUCUUGGGAAGGCGAGGCCCAUGGAAGAUUUAUUUGGGGAUGUAAAAGCUGAAGGUCAGCCUUGCACCUAAACUCAAUCUGGAAUGUGAAAUAAAAUAGUAUACUUGAAUGCAGUUUUGUAAAAGAGGAUUCCUCAGGAUAUGUGAAACCUAAAGGAAGUGGUUCAGUUGCAAAUGGACUAUAAACAGGGACAUUAUAUUCUUAUGCUAAAAAUCCUUCUUGCAUUUUAAAGAGAGAUCCACUUAAGAAUAAACUGCUCAUAUGCUUAUUUAAGCUUGGACAGUUUUCAGAGACAAAAUCCAUUAAGAAUUAUAUUCUUUUCACAUGGCUGAAUCGAAACAUGUGUAAUGUCAAUGUAAAACCAAUCACAGCUGUGAACUGCAUGAAAUGUAUUGUGAAAUGAACACAAGAUUAAGCUUUGUCAGGUUAAUGUAGCAUGCUAAGGACUCUAGAAAAAAUAAACUAAGGAGAUGA